ACUUGGUUCCCUCGGGUGCGGAAUCAACUCCCAUACUCCUACUGUCUCCCUUUAUUCGAUGUACAGUUCCCAAGCAAGCGGUGCAACCGACAUCGAAAGUAGGGCACUUGUAGGCACAUUCCUGUUGGUAACCCAACUUGGAUCCUUUUUUGGUGAUGGUAGUAGGUACCAACCCAAAGUAAGAGAUUGGGUUACGCUGACUCUCCACCUGACUCCCAUAAGCUGCGGGCCGUAUGGACUGCCAGUAGUGAUAUGUUUCUGCAAAGGACGACGGGUCGAUUCGAGGUACUGUACCAAGUUGUUUGGUUACCUUUUCGGACCCUCACCGUCAUCUUCGGUCAGAAAAGCUACGACUGUCUCAACUUCCGUUCACUGAGAUUGUUGGGGGUGUUGUUGUUGAGCCCUUGGCUGGUUUGCUGGUACGCGGCAGGGUUUCAGAGGUUUGCCGAGAGAGACUACCUAAUAAAGGUGAAGAGGUCCGGCUGCCCCUUGUUCCUGUCCAUCGCCGCCCAUGGCCUGAAUUCAAAGCUAUACGGCCAUGGUAAGGAUACGGACGGUCAAGAGAGCUGGGAGCAACUGAUCGUCUCUGCACCUUCCCCAUCUUCAUGCCAACUCUCUACUCCGCUGGUAAGAUAUCAUACUACACCCGUGCGUGGCGAUAAAUUCUUUGCACUUAAAGCUGGAAGGACUGGAACUCUCGACGUGUAGAAAGCGGGGGAGCUCCGACUCUGAAUGCCCGAGUGUCGGGUGAGCCAGGUUGUUGAGGUUGCGUUGAGGAAGUACCUGGCUGUACCACCUUAGUAUCUGCACUCGUGACUUCGCAGCAACGGUACCUC